AUGGUGUCUACAGGAGGCCCUCUCCUGCAGAGCAUAGUGAACAACUGGGGCCAUGUUGUGCCUGUGCUCUGUGCUGCAUGGGCUGAAGCUGGCAAUAUCAAGGAGUUGGAGCUGUUGAAACUGAGUAAAGACUGUGACCUGGAAGGCCUCCCAACCCCUAGGCUGCCUUUUGUGGAUCUGGCCACUGGUUCACUGGGACAAGGCCUGGGAGCUGCUUCUGGAAUGGCCUACACAGGCAAAUACUUUGACAGGGCCAGUCACCGAGUGUACUGCCUACUGGGUGAUAGCAAGUCCUCAGAGGGGUCUGUGUGGGAAGGCCUAGCAUUUGGAUCCCACUAUGAGUUGGACAAUCUGGUAGCCAUCUUUUACGUCAACCGGCUGGGGCAGAGUAAAGCAGAACCAUUGUGCCAUGACACUGAUGACUUGUGCCAUGACACUGAUGGCUACUGCAAGCAUUGUGAAGCCUCUGGGUGGAAUACCUAUAUUGUGGAUGGUCAUGGUGGAAGAACUGUGUUGGGCCCAGUGGCAAGCAAGCAGCAGAAGGGGAAGCUCACCGCUAUUGCGGCCAAGUAUUUCAAAGAUACAGGUUUUCUUAUCUCAAGUGUGGAGGAUACUGACAAUUGGCAUGGAAAGCCCAUGCCCAAGGACAAAGUAGAGUCUAUUAUCCACACUCUUAAGAGCUAAAUCUAGACUAAUAAAGUCUUAUCUAUCCAACCACCUGCUCGGGAUGUGCCACAGAUUAGCAGUGUGGAUAUCAAGAUGCCCUCCACCUGCAUUUUCCAACCCUACUCGCCGCCUGGCGCCCCUCAACGAGCCGCCUCCGGGCGCCCCUCGCCGCCGCCGCGCUCCAUCCCCCGGCCAGGGUCGCUACGCCUGCCCGGUGGCCCUGCGCCCUCGCCGCGCCCGCCGGCCUGCCGUGAGCUCUGGCCCAUGCUGGCUCCGCUGCUGCCGCCGCCGCCGCUGUGCGCCCAGCCCGGCCCCGGAUGCCUGCUGCCUGCCUCGGCUGGUGAGGAUGGACCCUCUCAGAUGGCCUUGAAAGACCCAGCCAUGUUCCAAAACAUUCCAGGCUGCACUGUGUUCUACCCAAGCAAUGCGGUCUCCACUGAAUAUGCUGUCUAUUUGGUUGUAAACACCAAGGGGAUAUGCUUCAUUUGAACCAGCCAUUCAGAGACUCUCAUCCUGUACCCCCAGGAAGAGGAAUUUGGGAUUGGCCAUGCCAAGGUUGUACAUAAGAGUAAUGCUGACAAGGUUACCAUUAUUGGAGCAGGUGUCACACUGCUUGAGUCCUUAGCAGCUGCUGAUGAGCUGGUUAAACAAGACAUUAAUAUCCAGGUAAUUUACCCCUUUACAAUCAAACCCUUGGAUGCUGCCACCAUAAUAUCCAAUGCCAGAGUCACUGGAGGCUGUAUCAUCACUGCUGAGGAUCACUACAACGAGGGGGGUAUUGGUGAAGCUGUGGCAGCAGCUGUCUUGGGAGGACCUGGUAUCUUAUUCCAGAUCCUGGCUGCAUCAGGUGUGCCUCAAAGUGGAAAACCAGCUGAGCUCCUAGAUCUUUAUGGGAUCAGUGCAAAGAACUUCAUAGUAGCUGUAAAGAGCACCUUUGCCAACUGA